GUUCCCGUCAGUAACAACGUAGAGCUGCUUUGCGUCUCACACAGAACAGCAGGAGAACUCAGAAGGUCUGGUUUUAUAUGGAUCCAAAAGCUGGAACCUCCUCAGGAGGCCCCCUAUCAGAGAUCCAGCUGGAGAAGCUCCAGAGGAGAGCUGCGGAGCUGACGGUUCCCGGGAGGUUCCUCAUCAGACCUCUGAAUGCUGCUCUGGAGUUCGUCACCAACCUGCUGGCCCGGCUCUUGGGGAGCAGCCUGGUCCGAAGGCACUUCCACCUGCUGCUGUCGGGGCUGCUGGUGUUUGGACCGGUGCUGAGUCUGUGGGUGUCCAGGUACAGCAUCUUCGCUAACAGAAACCACUACCUGUACAGGAAGUUCCUGCAGUCCACUUGGGGAUGGACCUGUACCCUCACAGGCUCCUUCAUCCUGCUCCUCACCUUUUCAGCCCGUCGCUCGCCAUAUCUCUCCCUCCGCCACCUCUCUCGGAUCGGGCUGGCGGGCCUGCUGUGCUGGGGGUGUCGCCACCUCCUGACCCUGCUGGAGGACGCCGCUGGAGCCUGUUAUGAACCCAUACACACAGACGUCCAGAACCCUGACCCUACAGCACAGCCUCUCCUUCUCCUGCAUGAAGACCAGACCAAGGCCUCCUGCCUCAAAGCCAACAUGAUGUGGAGGGGGUACGAAGUCUCCCAGGACACCCUCCUCCUCUGCCUGUGCUGCCUGCUGCUAGUGGAGGAAAUGUCCAUCUUUGGUCGUCACCUGGCCCAAGAGAAGCAGCUCCAGAGGUCCCCGAGUGUCCCGCUGAGGGUGCUCUUCUUCCUGUGUGUACUUCUGCUCUUCAUGUGGAUGUUCUUGCUCCUGUGUAUACUUGCUUACUUCCCCGUAUGGCCCUCCCAGCAGCUAGGGGGGGCGCUGGGCUACCUGGGCUGGAGGGGACUCUACCAGGGCUGGUUCAGGCUAACACCACGCUGGGGGUCCCCUGGCCUCCCAGGAGAAAGCCUCUUUAGCACCAGAGACUCUGACAAACAGCCCCAGUUUUAACAAAGUUAGCAGCCAGAAACUCUGUGAGUGGAGAAGCUUUAUUUAUGCAAUGUGAGGGGAAACGAGAGCCUUUCUGUCAGACUGAGGGUGUCGUUACUUGAUCAGUGUUAUGAAACAGUAGCUGCAGCUUGUUAAAAACGUCUCUGGUCUCAGUAGAUGAGAGCUUUCCCGUCUCCUCUGGGCUUCUUGAUCUUGUCGUAGUUCUUGUUGAUGAUGUCGAACAGCACGGCCUGGAGAGACAAGGACCAGACGGACAGACUCGUGAGGGCGGUUGUUAGAUUCCCAAAAGAUUCAGCACAAGAUCCAAGACAGAGGGGGUAACACACCCCCUCCUCCUCCACCCAGCAACCCCUUUCAUCCUGGGCUGAGACGCCUUGCCCAUUAACAGCAUCAAACACGAGGGGACAAUGGCCACAGGGACCUGACACUCUGAUUAAUGGACUGCAUAUGGAGCAGUAAUCAAUUUAACACAAGCAAGGCUAUUACUUUAAUUACCCGCCCACCUCCAUGACAUCCUACAGUAUUAAUGAAGCAGGGAUAGCAUUUAGCCGUGGUUGACGCUGGGAAACAGCUGGAAUCGUUUACAUCCAAACCAUGGAGGAGGAGCCUUACGUAGGUGUUGCGGAUGUCCAAGACCACAAGGCGGAGCUCGCAGUACUGGUACUGGUCCAGCUCAUGGACCAGCUGUCUGUAGUCUCCCUGCAGCAGUUUUACACAAACAUCACCAUUUCAGGGUAGCGUUCACAAUCAACACUUGUGUUAGGAUGAAGAUAACCAUGGUGGAUGUGGGAUACUGACCACAUGGGGCUGUUUGGAGGCCUUGGCCACAGCGUCGCCCCUCUCACUGUAAUACCUGCAACAAUAAACAAGGAACGACUCAAUCACAACCGCUCGUUGCUGUUUGUUACCAUUUAGCGCCAGAACUACAACAAACCGAUGAGCACAAGAAGUCAUUCGCUAAAGGGGCAACAGCAAUCCCAAACGAGGACCAGAGACCUGACCUGGUCCACCUGUUUAGCUUCAGCUGAAGGGUGCAGGGUCUUACUUUGAAAUCUGAGUCUGGAAUGCUUCGAUCUUGGUGCGUGUGUUGGUCAGCAGCUCAAACACUUUCUCCUGUUUACCGAAAACAAACGUUUAAAAAUCAGAUUCAUGUCAAAGCUGUGGGGUUUCAUCACAUUCUCAGCUGUUACCAACCUGCACCGCCACCCCAAAGUUAUUACCAUCUUCAAUUCUAGGGAUCUGGAGCUGCACCCACAUGGACACCUGCCAGAAGGACACCAGUCUUUGGUAACUAGAGGCUUCCUAAAGAUAAGUGAUCCGUUCACACGUUAACCUAAGGCUGACUGACCGUGUUCAGCUUCUCCCUCAGAGUCUGAAUCUCAGGUUUGACCUCCUUCAGGAGGCUCUCCACUCGCUCGUUGCUGUAGAUGGGCCCACAUGGAGGUCCUGGAGGAAAAACAACCCCAACAUGGUCACAGUAUCUAAUAAAAUUCCUUCUAACAAAA